GCAGUUCCUGUUCGUGUUCUACCUCGUGGAUUACACGCCGCUGAAGUACGGAGAUUAUUCGUUCCCGCCGGGGGGCCAGGCCAUCGGGCUCAUGACGGCCGUGUCCUCGAUGCUCUGCAUCCCCGGUUAUGCCGUUUAUUACGUCGUCAAGAGCGAAAAGCCGGUCUUACAGGCCAUCCGCGACGGAUUCCGACCGCGCCCAUUCGUCUCCAGGAAGCAGCGGGACCCGCCGGAAAUCUCCGACAAGGCGCUUUUGACGUGAGAUCGCCUUCGAUUCUGCCAAAUCAUCAAACGAACUCUCGAAUUAUUUUACGUGUUCGUUCUCUGCUCAAUAAAGGACCCUCGUGUAGCGAAGAAGAAACGAGUCCCGUUCUUCGGAGACGAUCGUUCGAAUUUAUUCAUUUUAAAAUGCAAAAAAUUCAUGAAUUUUGAAGCAAUAGUAUUCCCGC